AUGGCGGGGACAAUGGCGGGAAUGGCUAUCCAAACCCAGAUCCGUCACAAUGCUGAGGAUAUCCGGAGCUACUUCGUGGAUCUGAGGAAAUGGGAGAAAGAAAUGAAAGAAAAGGAGAGGACGGAAAGCAGGCGUCGGCAGACCGUGGCAGGCGCUGCGAAAGAGUGUUUGCCGCAGGUGGAGCAACACGCAGGUAUUCAGGUAACGGCCACGCCACCUGGAAUACCUCACGCCCUACCGAUCAUGACGUUUCUGCCACUCUACUGCAGAACCGCUGGAUUUGAGUAUGGACCUCUGAGCCGCAAUAAGACUUCGAAACAGAAAACGCCGUCACCGCGAGAAAGAGAUCCAAUUCCACAGGGGGGAAAUAGAAAGCUAGCGCGCGACCUGAACUCUUUACCGGCUUACUAUUCUGCCUGGGAGCGUUUCAACGUGGAUGAAGAGCUCGAAAAAAUCGACAGAGCAGAUGAAUCGACGACGAAAAAGGAACGCGGCCUCAUCACGGCGCCCCCGAACGUACCGCGGCGUCAAAUGCCACAGCCCCCGUCAAAGGUAGAGGAAUAG